AUUGCCGGAUAUUAUCAGUCCUGCCAAUCCACAUCACAGGUGUUGUGCCUUUUUGUCAAAAAAUGGCGAAUGUUAGAGGUCUUAUUGGCAUUUUGUGUACAAAACAGUUAAAUACCCUUGUGACACCUCCCGUAAACAAAAUUUCAGCAAGAUUUCUACAUCACUGUCUCCAUUCUAACAAUACCGGAGUAAUAAAUUUAACGUUUUCUAAAAGUUUCAAAAGCCUCCUCCAGAUAAGUUCCAGAAACAUCCAUUUAAAUUCCGUGUUAAAUGCCAAAGACUAUUACCAAAUAUUGGGAGUUAGUAGAAACUCUUCAGGGGCAGAAAUUAAAAAAGCUUACUAUAAAUUAGCCAAGAAGUAUCAUCCUGAUGUUAACAAGAAUGACCCAAAUGCAGCUAAAAAGUUCCAAGAAGUAUCAGAAGCUUAUGAAAUCUUGGGUGAUGAAACAAAACGUAAACAGUUUGACACAUGGGGGGCCACUUCCGAACAAAUGGGUGGCAUGGGUGGUAUGGGCGGGCAGAGUGGACCUCAUGGCCACCAAGGUUUUGCGGAACAGUGGCAAUAUCGUUCAACUAUAGAUCCAGAAGAAUUAUUUAGGAAAAUUUUUGGCCAAGCUGGUUUUGGAAAAAGUACAAGUUUUGACGAUUUCGCUGAAUCGGCAUUUGGUUUUGGGCAAGCGCAAGAAGUUGUAGUAAAACUUACUUUUCAACAAGCAGCGCGUGGAAUUAACAAAGAUAUCACAGUAAAUGUGGUGGAUACUUGUCCCAAGUGUCAAGGAAGUCGUUGUGAACCAGGCACAAAAGCCACUAGGUGCACCCAUUGUGAUGGUACAGGGAUGGAGAGUGUUACCAGGGGGCCUUUCAUUAUGAGGUCUACUUGUCGGUAUUGUCAGGGUAGUAGGAUGUUUAUUAAACAUAAAUGUUCAGAGUGUGAAGGAAAGGGUUCUACUGUGCAGAGGAAAAAGGUUACUGUUCCUGUGCCAGCAGGUAUUGAAGAUGGACAAACAGUGAGAAUGUCUGUAGGAAACAAGGAAUUAUUUAUCACUUUUCAAGUUGAGAAGUCUAGAUAUUUUAAAAGAGAUGGCGCUGAUGUUCAUACUGAGGCAGAAAUUUCUGUAGCGCAGGCGCUACUUGGGGGCACAAUUAGGAUUGAAGGAUUGUAUGAGGAUCACACAAUUCAGGUUUUGCCGGGAACGUCGUCACAUACUCGAAUACGUUUAAGUGGGAAAGGAAUGAAGAAAGUGGAUGGAUAUGGGCACGGUGAUCAUUACGUUGUUUUUAAGGUUGCGGUCCCCAAGAAUUUAUCGGAAAAACAGUUGGCAGUAGCGCAAGCUUACGCUGAGCUUGAAACUGACACCCCUGGUCAGAUUUUAGGUGUCACUUUAAAAACUGACGGUAGCAAAAUUUUCGUGUCCAAAGACAAACAAGAACUUUUAGAAGCCCUUAGGUUAGUGCUACAAGGUAAGAACGUAGAAACCGCCACAGAACCUGACUCACAAAAUACUACUAGGGAAGUUGUAGAUAAUAGAAACGUUAAAGUAAAAAAUGAAAAUGAAGAUCAUAGUGACAAUGAAGAAGCGAAACGAAAUAAAAUGCCGUAAUUUUUGUGAACUAGUUUUUUUAAAGUUGUUAAUAUGUACUGUUUAAAAACAAUAAAAUGACUAGAUUCUA